AUGACCGACCUAACACCCACUAUCAGCCAGCUAGUCUCAUCCAAGCAUGGCCCCCAAAUUCACUCCCCAAAAACCCACCCGUCAACCGAAACAGCCGACGAAUUUCUGAAGGAGGCAUAUCGCAUCUACUCACACAUACAAUCCCUCCUCCAAUACCUCCAAUCAAUCCGCCACGCCUACCUAACCACAACAGCACCCUCACAACGCCGCGCCCAAACCCAAACUCAACCACACGCAACAUCCCAACACCUCACAGAAUCAGAGCGCGACGCAGUCGACUCCUCAACAGCCCUUCUACUCCGCGAUCUCGCAGCCUCAAUCUCAAACCUCGCCUCCGCCGAAUCCCUCCGCCAAGAUACCGAAGCUACCAUUCUCCGCAAACGAUACGGACAUAGCGCCGCGGGCGCUCUUCUUUUCCGCUGGGCCGGCGGUGGCGGACCAGGCGAUGAUGACGCGCAAGGAAAAUCCGCAGAGCAGGUGCGAGCCGAGGAAAGCGCGAGAGUUAUUCGUACAGUGCGCGAGAGCGUACUGUGGCUUUUGAGACGUGGGCUGGAAGGCGCAGCGAGCGUGCAGCGGGAGAUGGUGGAGAAGAGAAUUGAGCGCGUGCGUGAGAAGGAGAAGAGUGUUUUGUAUAAAACUGCGGGGUCGAAGACUGGACCCGAAUCUGGGUCUGGAUCCUCUACGGCGCAGGGUUCCGAAAGACAAGGUUAUAAUAAGGCUUCUUUAUCUGCGUUGCCGAUGCCUGACGCGGUGCACUUGAGCGAGGCCGAUACGGCGCAGAUUGAGGCGCAGCUGUCGCCGGAGCAGUUGCAGCUCUUUGCGGAGGAGAAUGAUACUAUGCUGCGCCAUUAUGAGGAUACGCUGGGCAAAGUGCAAAAGGCUGAGAAGUCUCUUAUUGAGAUCUCGUCGCUGCAGAAUACGCUCGUCUCGCAUCUUGCUACACAGGAAGAGUAUAUUUCGCAAUUGGUCAGUGAUGCGGAUACAACUAGUACGAAUGUCGGACGUGGAAACAAGGAGCUUAAGCGUGCGACUGAGCGUCGGAGUACGGCGCAGGCCGUGUUUUGGGGGACUGUGGGCUUGUGUACUUGGCUUGUUGUGUGGGAUUUGGUCUUUUAA